AACCAAACUCAGCUCAUAACAAACCAACUGAAAACCCAACCUUUACUUCCAAUCUUUUUCUUUCAGACAAUCUUUCUAUCAACAUCCCAAAAAAAGCCAUAUACGAUGAGUGUGGAAGUUCUAGACGGCAACACCAUCGUCAACUUUGUCGGCGACGAGGAGGCAUUCACGGUCUCGGUUCACGAGCUAUUCGUGAACCUCGACAGUGAUCACGAUGGACAACUUUCGUAUUCGGAGAUGCUUAAGGAAUUGCAGAGUUUGAGGGUCUUCGAGACCCAUUUUGGCAUCGACGAGAGUAUGAGCCCCAGCGAGCUGGCUAGUGCGUACGAGUCUCUGUUCACGAAGUUCGACCAUGACUCGAAUGGGACGGUGGAUCUCGAGGAGUUCAAGGCCGAGACGAGGCAGAUGAUGUUCGCAAUGGCGAGCGGGAUGGGGUUCUUGCCGGUUCAGAUGGUGCUUGAAGAGGACAGCCACUUGAAGAAAGCGGUGGAGUGGGAGACUGCUAUGCUUGCUGCUUAAUUAAGAUCGACGGAUCACUUGCAAAACCAAUCUUCAAGUUUAAGCCCCGUAGCUUGAGUUUGUUAAUUUAUGCAACAGUUUUCGUUUCUUUGGUUUUGGUAUUACGGAGGAUUUGGGUUAAUAAGACACAACGCUAUAUGUGAAUUUUGUUUGCUACGUAUGGUAUGGUUUGGCCAGAGUUUCGUCAAAUUGGUAUGCGACUGGAUAGAAAAUAUAGGGAAAACAAUAUAUUUCUAAUGCUAUGCACUUGUCUCUUUAUUCUUAACUAGAACGGAAGUCCGCGCUACGCGGCGGGAAGGUGAAUUAAGUAAUUUAAAACUA